AUGUUUUUGGUCCACGUUCCGAACCCUGUUACACAGAAACAAUUCGUUUUAGAGCUGCGCGGAUAUUCCAAAAGGAUUCGCAUCCAACUUUGCGAUACACGCGGAAUACUCGAAAAGGAACAUACCAUAAUUAGGGAAAUUUUACUAGCACAAACAUUUUACUCAUUUUAUUGGAAAAAGAAUCUCAAGGAUUCACCAUUUGAUCUCCAUCGUCCCUCUUACCUUUUCGCGGGUAUCGUUAUCAUUGCCGCUAUCACUAACGUCACAUUUUUUUUUUCUCCACCAACACCCCUCAACCUUACGAACCUUUGUAUCCUCGGAAGUUCUGCACCAUUCUAUAAUAACGGGGAAUCACCAACUCCCACAAUCUUAAUGGUGCAAUUGAUCAAUAGAUUUAGCUUGAGCUGUAAGGAUUCAGAUCAUAUUGACAAUGAAAGCGGCGUGACAAUUUUAAUGAGUUGUACAUGUGAAUUCCGCAUAAAUUCAAGCAAUUGCGUGGAAUCCUACAUUUUGCGAACAGCGUAUUGGGCGUUGAUACCUUACGCGACCUUAAUUGCAGCCACAUCUGCUUGGUUUCUUUGGUAUCGAAUUUAUUACAAAGGACAAUCCCUGACUUUCCCUUCAUCGAGAGAUCGAGGCAUUUUACGACCAAGGCCGCACGAUGCAUUUCAUCUCGUCGUCGUUUCCUUCACCUUAUUGUCAAUAAUACGUUACAUCUUUUUGUUGAAUGACGCUUAUCCCAAUAACUCGGUUGCCGAAGUGAUGGACGACUUACCAAGGCAAAUAUCAUUCCUCUGUGGAGUUUUGUAUUGCAUUGGAAUCAAACCGUCCAACGAUCACUUCAAAAAACUCACGCCAAAUAAACAUCUUGUGGAUGUGGGAGGAUUGUGUCUAAUGUUGGGACCCUUCCUUGUUAACACACCGAUUUCAUAUAUGACAGGAUAUUUUGCGGAAAAUGACAGACUGGACAUUGCCAACAUGCUAUUUAUAACCCAUUAUGUAGUGUGGUGUGUCUGGAUUUUAAUGUAUCUAUCGGCACUGCUGUAUUUCUGGAAAAAGUUAAGUUCACUUUUGAAAUAUCACAUGAGUGAAUUGAAAAAACGAAUCAAGAAAGAUAUUAGAUCUCAGUGGAAAUUGGAAACUCUGGAAGCCGCCAUGACAAAUCUUUCAACAGUUGUAGUGGUGUUCACCAUUGUAGGGUUAUUCCUCCUGAUCUUGUUCUUAACUUUUGGCGUCAGGCGGAAAACAAUAACGCAGAACAAUUAUUACACGAAUUUAUCUUACUUCUUUAUAUGGAAUUUUGUUGAACCUCUCUUCCUUCAGAUUGCACAAUUCAUCAUCGUUUACAACGUCAUCAAACCAUCCCCGGUUAGUAUUCAGUUGAAACCAGCCGAAUUGGAAAAACAAGCAUUUGCCAUGGUGUUCGAAAACAUCAAUAGACCAGUUUCGGAAGUGCGGCAAUCCGCUCUAACGUCUUCCAAAGUUCACCCAAUAUGCUCGGUCGUUACGAAUUCCACGAAAUCUUGUUCGGCUGUCACGGAUUCUACAAGUCCGGGAGGUUACGCUCCUUCGAAGAAGAACACCGAACAAGUCACACCUGAACCAUCAUCCGCAGAAACCAAAUAUCCAGGACGUCACCGGAGUCUCGGCGUGACGAGUGAUACGUCAACAACGUGCUACUCUCCCGGAGAGAGCAAUAGCGUCGAUUCUUCCAAACGUCAUAAUGAGCCAACCAUCGGUUGCGGAUCGAGUCAAAACUUGGAUGAACAAUAUAGCAUCAAUUCAUCAAUUCCAUCAUCUUUGCGUAAUUCCAGACACCUGAGUUUUGGUCGUUCUUUGCAUUUAUCUAAUCUUCCGGGACAAAAUUUAUUGAAACAUCCGGAAACAUAUAUUGAAAUACAAGAAAGCAUCGAAUCUCACUUAAUGAACUACAGUGAAGACGAUGUUUCCAAUAGAAAAUCCUGGUUGCAGGAUAAACCUAGACGGUCACGACAAUAA